GUGCCACUCCGCCGUGUAGGCCCACCGUGUGCCUUACUGUCUUGGUCUCCGACGGGAUCUCGAUUGUGUUCCACGACAGUUUCCAAUGUGUUUCGGGUGUGGCAAACUGACAAAUGGACUCCGGACCGCUGGACCGUCAACCACGGAACAAUUCAAUCAGUGGUGUGGUCCAAAAGCGGAUCCCAUCUGUUGUUCGUGACGACGGAGGACUGCUUCCUGUACAAUUUGGGAUUCGUCGAGGACGAAGUGUUCACCUCAACAUUCACGCCCAAAUCGGCUUUGCCCAUUGCUGACCUCUCGAAGAUACCCAUUGGCCAAACCGAGGUCGGAGGGCAUCCACAAGCACUGGCCUGGUGCCCGCAGAAUCAGUAUCUCGCCAUCACUUUCAAGGAGACACCGUCGAUCGCCAUUUUCAACACGGUGGUCAAUCGCAGCCAGUUGAGCAUUACUCCAUCGUGCUUCAUUACCGGAAUUGGAAUCGAAAACGCAUCAUGCAUAAGCUUUCAGGAGAACCUCGGACGCCGAUCUAGCGAUAAGAUGAAAACCGUACUAACUAUCGGCUGGUCCAGUGGCAGGAUACAAUACUUUCCAUUUGUUUAGUGACUUUCUUUCUGAUUAACUCUUCGUUUGUUUUGUUCAAUAAAUGGUUCAUUAUCCGUAUAAAA